AACGUCGCACCCCUGCUACGGCAAAGUGGUACGGUCUCGGGCUCAAAUUCCGAGAAUUGAGCUCGUCCGAUUCUUAGAACUGGGGUUCUUAGAAGUGGUGAUGCAAGAAGUUUCUAGGAAAGCGCUACCAGAACUUGACAAAAUGGCUUGCGCAGCAGACAGCUGCAUACAGUUCACGCGCCAUGCAAGCGAUGUCCUGCUCAACCUGAACCGGCUGCGGAGCAGAGACAUUCUCACCGACGUCACCAUCUUGGUCAACAGGCAGCAGUUUCGUGCACACAAGACCGUUCUCAUGGCCUGCAGUGGGCUGUUUUACAGCAUCUUCACCGACUCCCACAAGUGCAACCUCAACGCCAUCAGUCUGGACCCAAAGGUGGACCCAGAGGGCUUCGCCAUCGUGCUGGAGUUCAUGUACACCUCCCGUCUCACGCUAAAGGAGAGUCUGAUCAUGGCGAUCAUGAACACGGCCAUCUACCUGCAGAUGGACCACGUCGUGGACACCUGCCACAGAUUCAUCAAAACCAGCGAUCCGUCCGCUAAGCUGCCCAGAGACGAGUUCUUGGUCAGUCCCUUGGUCUUACCUCAGGAUGUCCAUGCGUACCGGCCCCACGAUGUGGUCGACAGUUUGCACAGCCGCGUAGCUCCUUUCAGGGAUGGGAGGCCCUACGGCUCAAACAUGUUCAACGGGGUCAGCACCCCCAGCAACUACCAUCUCUACGGGCAGUUUCCCAUGCCAGGAUUCCCCUUCCCUCUCUGCAAACUGACCGAUGCCAAAAACGCUUUUGCCGACCUCUCUAAGAGUGGCAUCCACCACAAGCACUGUUCCCCGCAUGACAGCGCCAACAUCAUCCGGGCGGAAUACACCAGGGCAGUUGGUGCCGGCUCCUCCGGCAUCAUUCACUCCACCACCUACGCUUCGAGGGAGCUCGGGAGGGACGACGAGAUGCGGAGGGAGAGCCACGAGGCGGUCGGCCAGUCCAUCGCCCUCGGCACAAGGAAGCGAGCGUUUCCCACGCAGACCCUGGAACACCAGAGAGACUCGGUAAAGGAUCACGCCCCCCAGGCGGAGGAGGACCUGAUCCAUCACCACUACCCGCUGGGGAUCUCCACCACUGGACGCAAGGGCCUCAUGAGCAGCCCGCAGAGCCCCCUCAAAUCAGACUGCCAGCCCAACUCCCCGACGGAGUCGAGCAGCAGCAAGAAUGCCGGUCUCUCCCAAGCGGCAGCCGGCGGGGGCGUGCAGACUCCGCAAGGCUUGCAGGACCCCAAGUCCCGAAACUGGAAGAAGUACAAGUUCAUCGUGCUGAACCAGAGCGCGAAGGAAGAGGAGGCGGGUCUGCGGGACCCCGGGCUUCGUUCCCCUCAGCGCCUCGGCCUGCAGUCCUACCUCCACCCCAGCGACUCAGAGAACCUGGACCCGCAAGCCACCAGCAAGAGCAGCGAUCACAGCGAGGACCUGCCCGUGCCCCAGGCUAGUCGUCUCAACAACAUCAUCAACAGUGCACUGGAGGGCUCACUGAGGAACGGAGACGGCCCCCCUCCACACUACCUGAGCCGGCUCAACUGCUCGUCCUGCGGCACGCCGUCCCCGCAGCACUCCGAGGUGUGUCCCAAGACCCCCAGGUCCCGCCUGGCAGAGGAGAUGACGGAGCUGCACUCAGAAUACUCCGACUCCAGUUGCGAAAACGGAACGUUCUUCUGCAACGAGUGCGACUCCAAGUUUGCUGAGGACGAGGCGCUGAAGCAGCACAUGCUCCAGAUGCACAGCGACAAGCCAUACAAGUGCGACCGCUGCCAGGCUGCUUUCCGAUACAAGGGCAACCUCGCCAGCCACAAGACCGUCCACACGGGGGAGAAGCCGUAUCGCUGUAACAUCUGUGGCGCUCAGUUUAACAGACCAGCUAACCUCAAGACUCACACACGCAUCCACUCAGGAGAGAAGCCAUACAAAUGUGAGACGUGCGGAGCUCGUUUUGUACAGGUGGCUCAUCUGCGCGCCCACGUGUUGAUCCACACCGGCGAGAAGCCAUAUCCGUGCGAGAUCUGUGGAACGCGCUUCCGUCACCUGCAGACGUUGAAGAGCCACCUGCGCAUUCACACGGGAGAGAAGCCCUACCAUUGCGAGAAAUGCAACUUGCACUUCCGCCACAAGAGCCAGCUGCGGCUGCAUCUGCGGCAGAAGCACGGCGCCAUCACCAACACCAAGAUCCAGUACCGCAUGUCGACGGCGGACAUGCCCACCGACUUGACGAAGGCGUGCUGAGCCACAGGGAGAGGACGGUUUCAAUCUUGACCUUGGCAUUUUAAAAAGACCCCAACUUGUACAAUCAUCCAAAAUUGUAGUGCCACACUGUGUUCAUUAGACGGAUAACUGGGCUGCGUACGCCAUCUAAACGGGUUUCCACUACAUGUGAACGUAGAGCCACUAACGGCGUCUUAGUCACUUUAUUGUUUCUAUGUAGAUAUAAAUAUAAAUAUAUAUAUAUAUAUAUAAAUAUAUAUAUAUAUGUGUAUGUCGGGAGUGUUUCUAAGCUUUGAAGGUACGUAUAUAAAGAUUUAUUUUGUUGAGAAGGACAGAAUGUAAACAAUCAGUGUUUUUGAAAAUACAGUAUUUUAUAUCAGAGAACUUACUUUUCUGAAAGUAUGGAACAUUUUGAUCGACGGGUGGUACAUAUAUUUUGAGAUUCCCAGAUUUGCGGCCGCACAGUUGUUUUUUUAUGUAGAUGUAUGUACAUGUUGCACCUUGUCAAGUUGCCAUAUUCAUGUGAACAGGUGAGGGGAAAAAAAGAAAAGGAAGAAACAUUGUAAUUGGGUUUUGUCAAACAUAUCAGAUGGUUCUGCAUGAGGUACUCUCUUACCGUCGGCGCCGCACAUGGAGUGGGCACACGGCAUAAAUAUUGUGACAUAUUGUGUAAUUAUAUCUGUGGGGUUGCUCUCUGCUGGCGGAUCCAAUCCAAGUGUUGAGAUGCAUUUCGAGGCUUUGUUAUGACCAAGAAAAUAUUUUGCUUUGAGUGUAUUUGUAUAGAUGUGACUUUUGUUUGUUUGUUUUCCAUAAGUGAAUGUUUACAGUUUUGCUCAUUGUUCUAGCUCCUACAGUAACUUGUGUACGUGUCCAGGUUUUUUUCUCUCCGUUUGUACAUACACUGUGUAUUCAAUGUGCCUUUCUAUGGUGUCUGAAUCCUCCCGUUCAGCCCAGCUCUAUUUAAAAAAGGUACAACUCUUGGACACCACUUGUCCUAACCCCUUGUGUGUGUGUGUGUGUGUGUAUAUAUAUUUUUAAAUGCUUGUCACUGACCCUGAAAAGAUGCAAAAUUCAUCAUUGUAAAUCUUCAGGACUUGUUUUUUGGAUUGGGCUUUUUAAAAAAGAAACUGGGGAAAAAAAAGAAAAAAACUGCAUUGAAGUUAUUGUACAAUGUUCUAGAUGUAUGAAUGUAAAAUAAAGGUAUUUGAUUUCUAUGUAUCAACACCAGA